AUGUCAUCUUUCACACGGGGCUCCCAAGCCCUCAUACCCUCUAUUAGAGCCCAACACCACAUCCACCACCCUCUCACAAAAACACAAACAACCCUCUUCUCAACCACACGCGCAUACAAUGCAAAGCCACAACCGCCAACCUCAGACAACCACAAAAUAAACCCUCCAACAAGCACUCUCCCAGCCCCAAUAAACCUACCCACAUCCCUCCCCACUUCAGCCAGCACCCCCGAAAAGCUCAAAAACCUCAUAAACCACGGCCGCGCAUAUAUAACCUUCUACAAAACAGGCCUGAAAAAUGUCUGGCACAACUACCGCGCCUCGCUGCCACACCGCAAAACUCUAGGACUGAGCACCUACAUCCCUACCUCGCCGCACAAGUCGCCACAUAGUGAUAAACUCCAUCGCGGCCAGUACCAGCUCGUCCACCGCUCUGCACGCGACGUCCGCCGUAUGAUCCCCUUCACGCUUGUGCUGGUUAUCUGUGGCGAGUUCACGCCGUUGAUCAUUCCGUUCUUUGGGACGACGAUUACACCCGCUACUUGUCGGGUGCCGAAGCAAUUGACUAAAGAGCGGGAUGCGCUGUCUGAAAGUAAGUGGCGCGCCUUAAGCGCUGUUGCGCAAUUGGAGUCUGCGAAGGAUGGGUCUAUGCCGACGGCUACACCUGCUCUUGGCUCUAGUGAUGAGUUGGGGCUUUUGGUUCAAUUUGCUGAUUUGAAUCGUGCGCGCGAGGCGGAUGCUGCUGGGGUGUUGAGGGCUUGUGCGGGUCUUGGUCUUGCGAAGAGUGUUGAGAGGGCUGGAGCGCCUUUGCUUGUUACGCUGGUUUAUCGGAGACGCUUAUUGGGGUAUUUGGAUUAUUUGAGGAUUGAUGACCGGUUGAUUAGGACCUGUGGGGGUGUUGAGGCUUUGAGUGGUGAUGAGGUGCGGAUUGCUCUUGGAGAACGGGGGGCUAUGGAUUUUGCGGCGGUUGAACAGAAUGAGAAGGAGUUGAGGGUGUGGUUGAAGAAGUGGUUGGAUGCUAGGAAAGAGUAG